AUGUCCUGCUGCAACAGGGGGCGCAAGGAUUACCUGGGAAGCCGGGACAAGAUGGCGAGCCUGGCCAUCCAGGAUCACAGGGUCCUCCAGGCAUUAAGGUAUUUGUUGAUCACACAGGGUGACAAAGGAGAAACAGGAGAGCAAGGACCACAGGGACCCAUGGGUUAUCCCGGUGAAAAGGGUGUUGCCGGCUCGUCAGACAUCGUUGAUUUCAACGGGAAGCUGCUUGAUGCCAUUCAAGGCCCACCUGGACCACCAGGACCCCCUGGCCCGGCAGGGGAAAAGGGUGAGCUUGGUUUACCUGGACCAGCAGGAAUGGAUGGAGAAAGGGGAUUCAGAGGGGACGUGGGGGAGAGAGGCCCUCCUGGAGAGCGAGGAGAAAAGGGAGAGAUGGGUCUGUCUGGGCCCAGUGGUAUGGAUGGGCAGAAGGGGGAAAAGGGCGACUGCAGACUAGAUGACAACCUGGUUCAGAUGAUUUCCCAGCCUGGCCCACCUGGCCCUCCAGGAGUGCCUGGGUCCCCCGGAUCCAUGGGACUGCAUGGAAUGCCUGGCCCAAAGGGUGAGCCUGGAUUUGGCAUAAAGGGAGAGAAAGGGGAAACUGGUGCAGCUGGUCUCAGAGUACGUGACAUCUUGGUCCUGCAAUCGUUGUUUUCAUACCGUGAAUUAUUUUCAGGAAUCAGAGAUGAUAAUAAAGUUUUACUGCAGGGACUGGAUGGCCACCAUGGUCCACCUGGGUCUCCAGGGUUGGUGGGGCUUCCAGGUGCCAAAGGAGAAAAAGGCAGACCAGGAGAACCUGGACUAGAUGGAUUUCCAGGCCUGAGGGGAGAAAAGGGUGACCGAGGAGAAAGAGGAGACAAGGGUGACAGGGGAACAGUCGGGAAGAGAGGUCUGAAGGGCCAGAAGGGAGAGCAAGGUCCGCCAGGCCUGGACCAGCCAUGUCCUGUGGGUUGUGAUGAAACUAAAGGUCUGUCUGUGAAGGCAGGGCUUUCUGAAACUUCUCCUCUUCCUCCUUCUGGCCCCGAGGCCCCCUGUUCUGUGGUACGGUAUCUUUCUCUCCUUCCUGCACUUCUUUCAUGUCUAUCGUCUAUUCAAACUGCACCUUUCUCGUAUGUCUUCUCCCUUUCUUUCAAACGCUGGAGUGUGCAUGCUGUCCCUCACCAGCAUUAUGAGGAAAUGGUGAGGCAGAAGCUCAAACGCAAGCGUCUUUCUCAGCCCUGA